GGAAAAACUAAUGUGCUAUCAAAGGAAUUGCAACAAAAAAAUCAAAACAUAGGCAAUGUUGUGGAUCUUGUCAAGACCGUCAAAACCGAUUUGGAGAAAUAUAGGAAUGAUUAUGGUUGGGAUUUGUUGAUUGAAGAAGUGGCUACAUUUUGUUCAAAACAUGAUAUUGAUGUACCUAAUAUGAUGGAUGUAAAGCCAGGACGAGUGAAAAGGCAGAAGACAAUUGAUGGUAGUCCGAAAACUUAUUAUCACUAUUUUCAUGUUGACAUUUUUCUCGAGGUUAUUGAUCGUCUUAUUCAAGAGAUGAAUAAUCGCUUUACCGAGUCAAGUUCAGAGCUACUAAUGUGCAUAGCAUCGUUAAGUCCCAAAGACUCAUUCUCCAAUUUUGAUGUGAAGCGACUACUUCGUCUUGCUAAUCUAUACCCAGAUGAUUUUAGUUCAAGAGAAAAAUUUGAACUAAAUGAACAACUUAGGAUGUUCAUUACAUUUGUCAAAUCAUCUCCACGAUUUUCAGGCCUACAAAGUAUUGGAGAUUUGGCAAAAACAUUGGUUGAAACAGAGUGGCACACAACUUAUAAGUUAGUGUACCGACUCAUCCAAUUGGCAUUGGUUUUACCCGUUACAACCGCC